AUGACUAAUAAAACGGAUAAGGACCUAAGUCUCAUUGUUGGUCGUAUCCAAGUCAAUUUGACUGUGAAACAAAACAAUGAACAUGAUGGUUACGAAUUAAUAGAAUGUGAAAAUGAUUUGGUUAAUUGGGAAGAUCACUGGUAUGAUCUUGACUUUGAGCCACCAUCACUAUCGAACAUGCAGGUGGAUCUUAAAGGAGAGUAUGCCUAUAUAUUUCUUCAAGAGUUGAUAUUCAUCUAUGAUAUAAAGGCAAAUGAUGUCAAGGAAAUCUGGACGAAUGAUGUGAUACCAUCAUAUUGGUUCAAUCCGCAUGCGCUAGACAUUGGCGAAACCAGUGACAAAACAAAUAUUGCUAUCAUUGUCGGCUAUGUGGAAGAAGAGGAAGAAGUUGAUAUAUCGUUACCCGUCGUCUGUCUUGUUCGACUUGAUCCACCAUCAAAUAUGACUCUUAUUAGUAACAUCACUCUUGAAAACACCACUGUAGAAGAUAAUAUUGCUUUCUAUACUAACAAUGAUGACGUCAUUUCUGUUGUAAUUCAUGAUCGAACUAAAAAAGUUCUAGUUUCAAUGCCUUAUUUGGGCAAAGUACAUCUUCUUUCAUUUAAUAGUACGAAUAUUAUUCUUAUUAGAUCGUUUAUAAGUACCGCUCGGUCAGUUGCUUGGCUUGAUGAUGAUGGCAUAUUGGCAGCAUUUCUUAUUUUGGAUGAUCCGACGCUUCCUUGGGCGCAUUCGAAAAUUCAAGUAGUUAAUACAUCUACAAAUAAUGGUCAAGUGAUGUAUGUUUAUCCAAACAAUCAACAAAUACUUUCACCUGAAUGGAAGGCACCAUCAUUUGUUCGAAUUUCUACAACCCGCUCUCACCAAUUACUCUUGUUAGAUAACGACGGAUGGAUAGGAAUUGUACCAAAAGCUCCACCGGGUUAUUUUGCCCACAUCAACAAAUUUGUCAGAGAGAAAACAUAUUUUGAAAAAUGUCCACCAGGAACAUACAAAAGUAGUAAUGAAGCAAGUCCAUGUCAAAUCUGUCCUCCAGGAACCAAAAGCAACAUGCACAGUGAGUCAAUCAAAAUUUUUCUUUUCACCAUCAAACAAAAUUUCUGA